CUCUUUUUAAAAGACAACUUUUUUUGAAUAAACCUUUUUAACGGAUUUAAUUUAAACGAUGCAGGUAACUCGGCAUUUGAUGAAAGCAGCCCAAAAGGCAACAACAGGAAUAUUUGGAUUAGCAGUACAUCCAGAUCCAAGACCACAUUUAAUUAAAACUUAUAAUAAAACAUUAAGUGCUUUAACACAUAUUCCACCUACAGCAGUUUAUCGUCAAGCUACUGAAGCUACAACAAAGCAUAGACUUAAAAUUGCUGAAUCUACUAAAAAUAUUCAAGAGAUUGAAGAAAAAAUUGAUGCUGGACAAAUUGAAGAAUUAAUUGUUCAAGCUGAAGAUGAAUUAAAAUUAGUUGCCAAGAUGGAAGAAUGGAAACCAUGGGAAUCACUUGAAGUUGAAACACCAAGAGGACAAUGGGUUUAUGAAAAAACAGAAAAAUAAAUUCAAUUACGAUUUGAUUCUGUAUAGUGUGAUAUGUGUGAUAUGCCAAAAAAUAAUCUAUUUUGUAGAUUGAUAAAGUAGUAAAGUGGUAAAGUGGUAGAGUGGUAAAGUGAUAAUGUGGUAAUCAACCGAACCCUUAGGAUGAUUUGAUCCCUAGGAUAAUGAUAAGAUAAAAUUAUUUUAUUUUUACAAUAAAAAAUAAUUUUUUAUAUAACGUCAAUAAAUAUCCAUUAUAAGAAUAAGAAUAUAUCCUUAUUUUACAAUUUUACAUUAAAUUAAUC